AUGUAUGUGUCUUUUAUUUAUGCUGCUUCAAAUUAUCUUGAUAGAAGAGAUUUAUGGGAUAAUCUGAAGAAACAUAAGUUGGUGGUUAAAAAGGAUGCUUGGGGAUUAUUAGGAGAUUUUAAUGUUGCUUUAAAACCUUCGGAAUAUUCUGAAGGAUGUUCUAAAACUCCUAAAGGUGUGGAGGACUUUAUUGAAUGUAUUAACUGUUUAGAAGUUGAGGACCUGAAUUCGUCUGGAUUUCAAUUUACAUGGAAUAAAACUCCUGCUGGGAGUAUGGGCCUGUUGAAGAAACUUGAUAGAGUGAUGUCAAAUUUGAAAUUUGUUUCGGAUUAUCCUUUGGCUCAUGCUGUGUUUAAACCUUAUAGAAUUUCAGAUCAUUGUCCUGCUGUUCUUAAUAUUCCAAUGAGCAAAAUGAGAUGGCGACCUUCUUUCAGAUUUGCUAAUUUUAUUACUGAGAAGGAAGAAUUUUUACCAAUGGUUAAGGAAGUUUGGGAUGAAAACAUUGAAGGGUUUUAUAUGUUCAAGGGUUGUCAGAUCCUUAAAAAGCAUUGUAGGGUUCUUUGUAAUAACUACAGAGGAUAUGGGAAGCGUAUUAAAGAGCUAAGGAAAAAUCUGGAAAGUAAACAGGUGGAAAUUGAUUGUAAUCCUUAUGAUUAUAAGGUCAGGAAUGAGCAUGCUGAUAUUUUGUUCAAAUUUAAUGAGGCUUGUAAUGAUGAAGAGCGGCUUUUAUUCCAGAGGUCUAAAAUAAAAUGGAUUCAAGAAGGGGAUUAUAAUACUAAGUUUUUUCAUAGUAUUGUGAAGAGCAGGGGCAAUAAAAAUAGAAUUAUGAUGGUUUUGGAUGAAGAUGGAAGAUAG